AUGGAACACUCUGUUACUCUACUUAAUUCGGCCCGGGGCGAGGGCGAAACAAACAGGGUCGGUUAUCAUCCCAACCACGUCGACGCUGAGGCUGAGGCCGAGACGGCGGCCAAGAAGCAGCACAGGAAGGUUCAAAACCGGAAGAACCAAAGAGCACACCGACUGCGGAUUAGGGAACAAGACCCGGGGACUGCUCAGACGUCGCGCCCGUUCAAAGUCAGGCGCUGGCGCCUAGACGAACUUGAUGUUUGUCCCUCCCAGGAUGCCUCGACACCAUUGAAAAGCGCAACCGCCGCGUACAUCUCCCCUCGACAGUCCCACACUCACGUUAGUACAUCGAUGUCCACACCUGAACGGGCCAAAGUCCUUCGAGGGCCACCACACACCCCGGCCCAUGCCCAGACGUCCCUAACCGCCCCGUCCAUCAUCUUCCCUCUAUCAACCGAUCAUCUCCUCCACCUUAUCCAGUAUACUGUCUUCCGUGCGUUUGUCUCCAACAAGCGCACUCUCAAUACCCUUCUCACGGGCUGGACCGAUAAUCCUCCCUCCCCAACCACCUGUCCCAUCAGCGGUCCAUACCGUGACGACACGAACGUCUACCCCCUGAACCCCAAUAUCCCUUUCUCCCUCGCCCCGACCCGCCUCCAACAAACCCGCUUGCACUCCAUUUAUAUCAAUCUCUUCCCCUUCCCCCGCGUCCGUGACAAUCUUAUAAGACGCGAAGGAAACUUCGACCACUGGGAGCUGCUACAAGACCUGAUUGGUGAGCUCAUGAGUGUCACGCCAGCUCAAAAGCGACAAGGUGUGCCCCUCACCAUUACUGUCUCCGAUCCCAAACCCAUGCGGACCCCGCCCUCCACAGCAGGACGUGACGAGGAUGAGGUCACUGCGGGGCGCAAGGGACUUAUUGUUUGGGGCGAACCAUACGACAUGCAGAACUGGGAAGCCACCCCUGGCUUUCUUGCGAAGUGGUCGUGGGCUGUGGAAGGAUGCGACGAAUUAGUUGAAUAUAGUAACCGCUGGAGGCGGAUGAGAGGAGAGGAACCUAUUCGUCUCCCUGAAUCGAAAGGGUAG